AGAUGAUGUCAUGGGGGGGGGGGUCUGGGGGCCCCCCGGGUGGGAUGCUCCGCACAGACCCCCGCGGUCGCGUUAAAUGAGCCCGGCGAGCGCGGAGCAGCAGCUCAAGCACCGGCGGUGGGGAGCAUUCUUGCUGAAGACACCCAAAGAUCUCCACACCAUGACUCUGGCUGCAUACAAGGAGAAGAUGAAGGAGCUGCCUCUCGUCUCCCUCUUUUGCUCCUGUUUCCUCUCGGACCCCCUGAACAAGCCAGCGUACACAUAUGAAGCAGACACGGUAGACCUCACCUGGUGUGUCAUCUCUGACAUGGAAGUCAUCGAGCUGAACAAGCGUGCCUCAGGGCAGUCCUUCGAGGUCAUCCUCAAGCCCCCAUCCUUCGAUGGCAUUCCUGAGUUCAACGCCUCCCUGCCCCGGCGGCGGGACCCCUCCCUGGAGGAGAUACAGAAGAAGCUGGAGGCAGCAGAGGAGAGGAGGAAGUACCAAGAGGCCGAGCUGCUGAAGCACCUGGCAGAGAAGCGGGAGCAUGAGCGGGAGGUCAUCCAGAAGGCUAUCGAGGAGAACAACAACUUCAUUAAAAUGGCCAAAGAGAAGCUGGCACAGAAGAUGGAGUCCAACAAGGAAAACCGCGAGGCCCACUUAGCAGCCAUGCUGGAGCGCUUGCAGGAGAAGGUCUGUUCCCAACCUCAGCAUGGAAGGUCCCACCCUCACCACCUCCAGCUCCCUCCAAAACAUCCCUUCUGCAAGGAGCUCGCCCAGUGCCCUUCUCCAAACGCCUCAGCUAGCCUUGGGUCAGAGGCAGAGAGCACGAGAUAAUGAAGGACAAUCCGAGCUAAGCCCAGCUCCUUGGGGCUCCCGCUCCAGCCCGUCUGCUUGACGUCUACCUCCUAGCUAGAGGGCAAGGACAAUCUGUCCCUGAGCGCCUCCACAGUCCUUAAAAACACCCCAAGGGAGGAGAGGACGCUGUUGACCCAUCGGUGGUGUCCCUCGAGGGGACGAACCUGGCGAACGCCCUCGUGCCUUCGAACCCCUCCGAAGCCGCCCGCCAGCCCGUGGGGACCCCGGAGCCUGCCGAGCUAACACGUG